UCCCUUUAUAUUUUGGGAUUCUAUUCCAGUUUUGAAGUGAUUCCCCAGAGGACUAUCAGCUGGUAUUCCCUGCCUUCCAUCCUUACUCUUUCUUUGGACUGCGCUUUCCCUAUAGUAUAAUUCAGCCCUAGACCAGGCUCGGUGAAGGUCACCCUUACACUAGCAGUCACCUGAGAGCAUCCUCAGAGAGCCCUUUCCUCGGGGUUGGAGCAGUCCCAAUAAUUUCACACUAGUCCUUCAGGUCCCCCUAAAGUCAGAAAAUAGACCCCCAGGCCCCCCGAGGGCCUACCUUGAGCCACAUGUGGAGAUAUUCCAUCACCAUGGUUUAGAUCUCCUCCAGUUCUGUCUAUACCGAGUUCCCCUGCUUCAGUUAACUGGCUCUCUGGGAGGGAGGCAGCACUCUCACAGUCAAAAGCCACAGAUCAAUCGGUCCACGGGCACCUGCUUCUGACCUGAGACCACCCCUGUCUUCCCAAAGACCACUGAUCCCGGACGAGCCCCCAACUGUGUGGGAUGGCAGCACCCUCACUCAGACUGACCACUCAGAGGCGUCCCUAGCUACAGACAGAAAGUUCCUUUAUUUGGAGUCUCGAGAAGCGGGUGGUCCAGCACUGAGUCUAAAGGGGAAGCUCAAUGCUUGAAGGCCACUGGACAGACAGCUUUUAUCAUCAAAACCCAAAAAAUCCAAGGUACUUCCCUAACCCACCUGUUCCUCCUUGUCUGCAGGGAAUAAGGAAGUUCCCAGUCUUUCUGCAAAGUACUUUCUCAAAGGCUUUACAAGAAUAGGAUUGUCACAGUGGCAUUUUGCAAGGACCUCCACGUGCCUCAGGCCUCCCCAGGCUUGCAGGCUCCUGCCGGACAUGGAGAAGGCGCGGGGGCUGCUGCUGCUGCUGCUGCUGCUGCUGGGAGCGGGCACAAGGCCCAGCGGGGGCUCCGAGCUGGGGGAGAGAGCCCGCGCCCUCAUGAGAGCCCACCCGCUCAUCGACGGCCAUAACGACCUUCCGGGAAUCCUGAGAUGGUUCCAUCAGAACCGACUCCAAAAUCUGGACCUGAAAACCUUCAGCCAAAGCCAGACCAACAUCCAGAAGCUCCAGGCAGGAAUGGUGGGGGCCCAGUUCUGGUCGGCCUACGUCCCCUGCCAAACUCAAGACAAAGAUGCUUUGCGCCUGACUCUGGAGCAGAUCGAUGUCAUCAAGCGGAUGUGCAAUGCUUAUGAGGAACUGGAAUUCGUGACCUCGGCGAAAGAACUUAAUGAGACCCGAAAGUUGGCUUGCCUGAUUGGGGUGGAAGGUGGCCACUCCAUGGAUGGAAGCCUGGCCAUCUUGCGAGCAUUCUAUGACCUUGGCGUGCGCUACAUGACUUUGACACAUUUCUGUAACACGCCCUGGGCAGAGAGCUCCUCGAAGGGUCUACAUCACUUUUACCCAAAUAUUAAGGGACUAAAUACCUUUGGGGAGAAAGUGAUAAAGGAAAUGAACCGUUUGGGCAUGAUGGUGGACCUCUCCCAUACGUCAGUGGCCACAGCCAAAAGGGCAAUGAUUCUGUCUGAGGCUCCAGUGAUCUUCUCCCACUCAUCCGCCUUCUCAGUGUGCAACAACACUAGAAAUGUGCCAGACACCCUCCUGAAGCAGUUGAAGAGGAAUGGCGGCAUUGUGAUGGUGACCUUCUCUGUAGGCGUGAUUCAGUGUCAGCUGUUGGCCAACAUCUCCACAGUAGCAGAUCACUUUGACCAUAUAAAGAAACUUAUUGGAGCCGAGUUCAUGGGGAUUGGAGGAGAUUAUGAUGGUGUUGGCAAGUUUCCAGAAGGCCUGGAAGAUGUCUCCAAAUACCCUGCUUUGAUCGAGGAGCUGAUGAGACGGGGUUGGAGUGAAAAGGAACUGCAGGGUCUUCUUCGGGACAAUCUCCUGAGAGUCUUUCAGAAAGUGGAACAGGUGCGGCAACAGAGCAAGAGCCAGAGACCCAGUGAAGAACUACUUUCUGAAGUACUGACAGAUAAUAAGUGUCGUUCAAGUUUCCAGCAACUGAUAAAACUGAAGCCACUUUGGAAUGGGCAGCCUUUCCUGGGCCCAGCUCUGCAUCUCAUCUCCUUUGCCCUUGUUUUUAUAUCCUUAAUGGGGCAGCUCUUCCUCUGAGAGAGAAGGUUGGGGAGAUCAGAACAGAUCUGAAGCCUUCGGUUUUGGCCCUUGGAAGAUAGACCUUGGUCUGGUUUAGAGAAACAAUCGUAUCCUCCUCUCUCCUUCUGGUACCCUUCUACUCCCUGGCUAGGUUAUUGUCCCCAUUUAGAAGUAAAGGCCUGUCAGAUAUUGCCUUCUCACUGCAGCCUUCCUUUCUAGUGGUCAAUUAAAUUUCCAAUGGUUUUUCCUGAGAACCAGACUCAUCUGCUGGAAGCCUCAGGGUGAAGGUAGGGAGGAUGGUAGUGAUGGUACAGAAUCUAAGUAGUUUGCAAAUUAUCGCCCCAAGUGCUCCAGAUUCAGAUCCAAACCCCUGUCUUGGUAUUACAUAAUUUCCAGGAGGAUGUGUGAUUAGUAAUUCCCUUUUCUUGAGAAGCCAGGGAUACAGCUUUGUUUCCUUCCUAGCAGAAGCUCUAAUGAGGGGAAAUCAAAACCUGUCUAUCAUCUCUGCUUCCUACCCCUUAACUAGGAAAGAAUGUCUCUAGGCCAAUAAUUCAGGCAAGAGAGCCAACAAAUAAUAGGACCAUGAAGGAUUGUGGAGACUCAAGUUCUCAUCAUGUUCACCCCUCAAACUGACCUUCUCUGAACUGACUCAGAUGCCUCUGGAAUUGUGGAGUUUGCAUCUUCAACUUAUGUUCAAUGGCAUCUUUUUCCAUUAACAUUUACUUUCUGUUUGGAAGUAAAGGUCUGACUUUUUUUUAGCCCUAAAUUUAGCAUCAUAGCAUCUUAUCAGCAAUUCAUAUCUUAUAACUUGCUUUUCCCUCUCUACCUCCUUUUUCCGUUCUGAGGUUUUCAUUAUUUCUAGACCCCCAUUCUGAAUUCCAAUGAGAAAAUUUAUACAUUUUCCCCUGGAAAGGCUGCUAAGAUUAGGUAGGGCAUUGAUUUCUAUCCAACAAUCUUUACUCACCAGCCUAGAUCAAAUGAGUAAGAAUAAAUUUAUUGAAAA